GUAUGAAGAGGUUUCUAUAAUUGCCCUAAUGUACAGAUGAUUGUUUUCUUUAACUAAUUUAAGGAUCAUGUUUGGACAUGGCAAUUGAAAAAUAAUGGGAAACAUCAAUAAAGUGUUAAUUCAGAUACGGAGAGGAAGAACAAAUUAUGGAUAUUAAAAAAAAAAACAAAGAAACCUACGGAUUUAUGAAUUUACCAAAUAAUCUUAAAUAUCUGUUUCUAUUGAAUUUAAGCAAAUGCAAAAUUCAUAUCAAUAGAAGAUGUGGACUUUUGCAUUUAUCUGAAUAUCAUGGAAUAAACUUCUAUGAUAUAUUAGAAAAAGCCAUUAAAACCAAAGCGAAUACAGUAAUGAAAAGAAGUCUUGAACAAUAAAUACAGAAGAUAUUAAAAUAUGUAUAAUGAGAAUAAUUGGAG